UUCUAUCCGCCCACUUACAUUAAGACAAAAAUCAAACAGUACAAAUCAAGUUGUGAAAACAAUGCUAUUCACCAUACAACUCAUCUUAAAUUUAUCAUGAGUGUAAGAUUAAGAUUCAGAUUAAUUUAAUCGAUAGAAUGGAAGCAAAGAAACAUUUAUAGAGAGAUAAGGUAAACUUUCCUAUCACAUCCGCGUUGUAUUCUCAUGCAUCCGGAAACUACACGGCACCUAUAUGCACACAUUCAAUGAUUCAAGGAUGAUAAAUAUAUCAUGGCGUUUAGCAGUGGAAUUUUGAGGAACAAGAAUGAAAAUGUAUGGUGGCAGUAAUAUACCAAACAAAAAAUGUUUUUUUAGUUUUCUCUGUAAUAUAUGACUAAUAGGUUAACAUCGCCAUUUUCAUCUUAACGACCAGUGACUAAGCACGAAUAUAUUGAGUACUUUGUGUUCGAAUAGCUAAUGUAUAGAGUCGUUUCCGGCAAAGAAAACAGAGUGUGGGAGACUAUAGAGUCCAUCAAUACAAGGCAAAAUAUGUGUUAAGAACAAACGAGAGAAAUUUUCUGUAUUCAAUUACGGCUCUUUAUCUGUUAAAGAAUUCGACGUCCUUAAAGCAAAUCAAAUAAAAUCUAUAUAAUUUUCUGCUUCCGCGAACUCGUUUGACACAGUGAAUAAAAUGACUUUGUACACGUUAGUUAUUUAGAUAUCCAACAAGGAAAACGUGAAAAGCCAGGACAUCUAAAGACGAUGAAGUGUCUUUUAUUUCUUGUCUGUCUUUGUGUGUGUAAUGGCGUUAGAGAAAUUAUUGAAGAUGAUGCUUUUGACAGAAGAAGUUUUCAGAAUUUUCGUUUUGAAAAUAAGGGUGGUGAAAACUGGAACAAGAAGCCUGAAAGCGAAAUGAUUACAGUAACCACAUGUGGUAAUGGAGAUGUGGCUGACUUUUGGUUUAUGACAAAACACAUCAAUCUUACCUUAUUUGCGAAUGUCGAUGCAGUCCAUGUCGAUAUUGUGUCAGGUUUCAAGGAAUGUAUAAAUCAGAGAGGAGAGAGAGCUGACUGUCAUAACAACAGCCUUGACGUAUAUGCCAACUUAAGUGGUAUGACACAAACUUUCAAGAAUGACCGCCCUAAAUUGGAUGACAUUUUCAGCAAAUUUAAAUUCUACAGUUCAAUAAUCAGCAACAACAAACCAAACACCACUUUUUCCAAUCAAACCAACACGAUUUCCCUCACUUUAAAUAACGAAAGAGGAAUCACGUUAGCUUUCCGAUCGAGAGGCGCUUGCGCAAGGAUUUCCUCAAUAAUUAUUUACACUUAUUACUGCAAUGAAACGUUUAUGGACGGUGUUAUGUUGAGAAAGACUUCAGCGCCGAGAGAUGGAAUUAAAAACGUCUGGGUUAACUGCUCUGUCAACGCAAUUCCUACAAACAAUUUCACCACAUUAGAAGGCCAAUGUAACAGCAAUGGAUCCUGGAAUAUUGAUGGCGAUUUGAAAUGUUUGUGUGUGGAAGGUUAUGAGCCAAACACGUCAUUGGGAUGUACAAGUUGCUCAAAUCGCAGUUUCAAGUCGAGUGUGGCUAACUUCAAAUGCAAAAAUUGUCCUCUUGGAAAUAUCGCUACCGAAAAUAAGACAAGUUGUGUUUGUGAAGAUGGUUUUUAUAGAGCAAAGAUAAAUCAAGGCAAUUUCUCUACAUGUUACGCUCUGCCAGAAAUACCUGGUCCACUCCAAGCCGAAAUAUCUGAUAAUAAUUUGACAAUAAGUUGGACAAGUGUUAGCAAGAGCAAGAAUCUGAUCAAUGAAACUGUAAUCUACGAUAUCCAUUGCUUCGUGUGUGAAAAUACUGACGUUUGUAAGGAGGGAUGUGAAGUGGAAUUUAUUCCUCGUCAGUUUAAUCUAACUGAGACAUUUGUGGUAGUAAGAAGUUCAACAACCUCCCGAAAUUACAGUUUUCAAGUUUACGCAAAAAACAGCUUAAAUUAUGGUGUAUCAAGAACGAAAUGGAAGUUUAAGAAAAUCUUUCAACUGUUUCCGCUUCGAAAAAAUGGAAAUGCCCCAACAAGUCAAGAAAGUGAUAACACUGUUUUUAUUGUGAUCGUUGUUGUUAUUGUGGCGUCUCUGCUGUUAGUAAUGAUCUUUCUUUGUACAUUUAUUUUGAAAAGGCGAGGGAAAAUGCUGAAGACUCGUUUUCCAUGUCUCCCAAAACAGGGCGUUGAAUUACCAGCUGUUGGUCGCAAAUCGUACGUUGAUCCAUCAAACUACACCAAUCCAGAAGAAGCUAUACAAGAAUUCGCGAACGAACUUGACCCUGAUAAAAUUUUUUUGGAAAGAUUGAUCGGUGGAGGAGAGUUUGGAGAUGUUUACAAAGGAGAGCUUACAACUAGUAACGGACAGAAAACUCCCAUUGCUGCUAAAACAUUGAAGCCAGAAUCAUCUGCAAAAAGUGCCCGUGAUUUUCUACUAGAAGCAUCUGUAAUGGCUCAAUUUGACCAUCCAAAUGUAGUACGAAUGGAAGGAGUUAUUACAAAAAGUACACCAAGAAUGAUCAUAAUUGAAUAUAUGGCAAAUGGUUCGCUGGAUAAUUAUCUUCAAAUCAAUGAUGGUAUAUUGUCCAAAGUGCAAUUAUUACGCUUGGCAAAGGACGUUGUUGAAGGAAUGAAUUAUUUGUCCGAUAUAAAUUUUAUUCACAGGGACUUGGCUGCACGAAAUGUCCUGUUGAACAAUGACAUGGUUUGCAAAAUAUCAGAUUUUGGUCUUUCGCGAGAAAUGGAAUCCCACUCUUCGGGAGAGUACGAAACAAGUGGAGGAAAGAUACCUCUUCGUUGGACGGCUCCUGAAGCAAUCAGAUAUCGUAAGUUUACGACGGCAAGCGACGUUUGGAGCUAUGGAAUUUUACUUUGGGAGAUUAUGUCAUUUGGUCAGAGGCCUUAUUGGGAAUGGGACAACUUUAAAGUCAUGGAAGAAGUAAAUGGAGGAUAUCGUUUGCCCCCACCACCACAAUGUCCUAACGGUGUACACGGUCUUAUGCUUCGUUGCUGGAAUGAAGAGCGAGCAGAAAGACCAACUUUUGCUCAAAUAAAUAUUGUCAUAGAUAGAUGGUUGCGUUCCCCAGAUACGUUAGAUAAUGACGUUGACUUCUUCGUUACGAUUGGCGAAUGGCUGGAAUCGAUCAAGAUGGGAAAAUACCAGGCUAUGUUUAUUGAGGCUGGAUAUAGUAAACAGUCAGAUAUUCUUGACUUCAAAGAGCAAGAUUUGCAACAGCUUGGUAUCACGUUGAUUGGACAUCGUAAUAAAAUUUUAAAAGGUAUUGAAACAUUACGAAUGAGGAAAAGUAGAAAAGAGUUAGCAUUACUUCCUAAAACGACUUCUGUCAUUUGAGAAAAACGGCUCUAACGUUCUUUGCAAACAUGUAUGCCAAUCAAAUUGGAAACAACGUACGAGGUGUGAUACGAUAAAAUUGAAGUUAAAAAUUUUUAGGUAAUAGUUUCAAAUUAUUCAAUUCAACAAAGUAAAGAUUAUUACAAAUAAAAACUUUUACAGUAGUUGCUUUUAGAAUAUAUAAACUUACACAAGUCGAGUUAUGACGUUAUAAUAAUAGGUACGAGGGUACAACUGACCAUAGACUAGUGCCUGUAUAAAACAUAUAAAAUGUAAAUAAUGUCCAAGAAUAUAAUGAGGAGGACUAUAAUAUUAAUUGAAAUUUACCUAAUACAAAAUUGUAUAUUGUUGUUAGUAAAAACAAGGAACAAAUACAUUGAAGGCAGCUAAGUAUUUUCC